CGCGUCGGUAUGUGUGGUCUCGCGCCGUGUUCGGUGAACGGGAUUACGUGUUAAUGCUCCGCGCGCCCUGACUGAAGAUGGACGAGUCGUCGCUGUUGGAUUUAUUAGAGUGUUCUGUGUGCCUGGAGCGGCUGGACGCGAGCGCUAAGGUGCUGCCGUGCCAACACACGUUCUGCCGUCGCUGCCUGGAAAGCAUCGUGAGCUCGCGCCGAGAGCUGCGCUGCCCCGAGUGUCGCGUGCUCGUUGAUUGCGGCGUCGACGAUUUACCGGCCAACAUCCUGCUCGUGCGCCUCCUGGACGGCCUGAAGCACCGCGCGCCGGUGCGGCCGUUAGGCUCCGCGUCGCCCCCCGGUACCGCGGUCCGGGACGCGCCCAGCGCCACGCGCAGCUCCCCGGUCAAGAACGUCCCUCAGCUGCCCUGCGGCAAGGCGCUCUAUAGCUACGAGGGCAAAGAGCCCGGUGACCUCAAGUUCAACAAGGGUGACAUCAUCAUCCUGCGACGGAAAGUGGACGAGAACUGGUACCACGGAGAGCUGAACGGCAGCCACGGUUUCCUGCCAGCGAGCUACGUGCAGUGCAUCAGGCCGCUUUCUCAAACGCCGCCGCAGGGGAAAGCGCUCUACGACUUUGAGAUGAAGGACAAAGAGCAGGACAAAGACUGUCUGACCUUCACUAAGGAUGAGAUUCUGACGGUGAUCCGCCGAGUGGAUGAAAACUGGGCAGAAGGCAUGCUGGGAGAUAAGAUUGGCAUUUUCCCCAUCCUCUAUGUGGAGCUGAAUGAAGCAGCCAAGCAGCUGAUGGAGAUGGAUAAACCAGUCCCCGGGCCGAGUGCUGACUCAGAAACCCCAGAAACUUGCCAGGGUGAUGUCCAUGGCGACGCCCCACGGCAACGAGCAGAAGGUAAGAAGAAUGCAAAGAAGCGUCACUCGUUCACAGCCCUGAGCGUCACACAGCGCACAGCACUCGCUAACAACAACCGCCACUCUAUGGAAAUCAACGCGUCUGAUCCCAGAGCAAGGGUUGGAGAGUACGCUCAUCUCAGCUCCAGCGCUCCCACCUCACAGGACUCAUCGUUUAACGCUGGAGGAGUGGUGCAGCCUCGGGUGACUCCGACCACUGGAGAGCUUCUUGCUGCUGCAAAGGUUCAGCUUCCUCUAAACAUCUACUUGGCUUUGUACGCAUAUAAACCACAGAAGGCCGAUGAGCUGGAGCUGAGAAAAGGAGAAAUGUACCGUGUGAUGGAAAAGUGCCAAGAUGGUUGGUUCAAGGGAACGUCUCUGCGCAGCGGCGCCUCCGGAGUUUUCCCCGGGAAUUACGUCACACCUGUGUCCAGAGCUCCAUUUGCUGUUGGCCAAUCACGUCCCUGCAUUCCCGGGUCAGUGAUUAAGCCAGUUCCUGGUUCUCCCGGAUCUCCUCGUCCCUCCAGCCCCAUCCUGAUUGGUCCUGCUUCUCGUGUUGUCCCUCACAUGACCACAAACCCUUCACUGGUCACAAGCCCCACCCCUUCACUGGUCACAAGCCCUGCCCCUUCAAUGUCCUCAAGCCCCGCCUCCUCUCCUCACCUGAAGAACUGCCUCCGAAUGUGCAGCCAGCCACAGCUGGGAGGCAGUCCUCACUCCUCCCCCUCUCGAUCCCCCACCCCUCUGUGUACUCGCCCCUCGAUGAUCUCAUCUCCUCAGGUCCACCCAGUAAACUCACUCAAUUUGGGCGUCACCCAUCUGAAUGGGGCGGAGCCUCUGGAAUGUCCAUCAUCACCUAAGCUGGAGGAAAAGAAAGCUGAGAAGAAGGAAAAAAAGAGUGGAGUCCUCCUCAAGCUGCUGAAGAAGAAGUCUCGCUCACCGCCGUCCUCGUCCCCAACUCAUGACCCUACGUCCUCUUCGUCCUCGUCCUCCACCUCCUCCUCGUCUUCUGCAGCUGCUCACGGAGCCACAGCGGCAGAUUUUCAGGUGUUUAGUCGUGCCGGCUCGUGCCCCAUCGAGAGCGACAUGCAGGGAGCCGCCGGCAUCGAACCUCUCAACAGGAAGUGCGGCUCGCUCGACCUCGACCUGGCGCCACGACAACCCUUUUUCUCUGUCACUUCCUCUUCCUCAUCCUCCACUUCCGGUUCUGUGAUGCUGGCCAUCCGUCCUGAACCUAAACCUUUAUCACGUGAGAGGUAUCGUGCUGUGGUGCCGUAUCCUCCCCAAAGUGACGCUGAAAUCGAGUUGAAGCAGGGCGACAUCGUCUUCGUGCACAAGAAGCGUGAUGAUGGCUGGUAUAAAGGAACGCUGCAGCGCACCGGCCGCACCGGACUUUUCCCCGGCAGCUUUGUUGAGAUCUUCUGAGGAUUCUGAGGAAAACCACAAGUUUUGCUGAGUUUCCUGGUUUCACACAGAGCCUGUAAGCGCUCAGAACAGUGAAUCACAAAAAUCCAACAGCUUGACGAAUGUUUGUGGAAAAAAAGGUUUACAGAGUUUCUGCAUUUAAAAAAUGUAUAAAAAAAAAAAAAAAACAUCUCAGAAGCUAAAUAGUCCAUUGGGUCUCCAUCGUCUGUUCAGACUGAUACCUCAGAGUCCUUGUCCACUUCACAGUCAUCCAACGAGCACAACAGACUUCACUCACACACACACACACACACACACACACACACACACACCUCACAACAAUGCCUUUUACACAAUGAACCUGAGGAAUGUUCACCUCUCUUCACCUGCCUCUGUUUGUUGUGUACACACAACAUCAAAAUCUCGAUGUUUACAUGACCAAUUAACACACACUGAUAUCCCUGAACAUGUUUGUUUGUUUUCCCUCAAACAAAGAAAAAUUUCGUGAAAAUCAAUUUAAAAUGCUGACAGUAGGGGGCGACUCAGUGAGCCACGCCCACCUUUACAACAUAAGUACACAUGUGGGCGGGGCUUAAAUGUAACUGUCCAGAAUAACUUUUAUAGGCCAGACAUCGGUGGACUGAUUGAUUAAACACAGAAUUUUCCACAGCACUGAAGGUGAAGAGUAAAAUAACAUUGUUCAGUCUGGACUGGGAGUUAGUGUGUUUAGUGUGAACAUGUGAACAUCUCUGAACACCUUCACGGCUGAAGGAACAACAACCUGCGGCUCAUUAACUCCCUGAAUGUUAGUGUUUACAGAAUUUUACUGUUUACCUCAAACUCUGCCUCCGUCCAUCGAACCGUCCAGUGAGCAAAUUUUAGCACAAACGUCCACCAGGACGAAGAAACACAAACCCAUAAGAAGGCCACAGGAAUGAUGGAGAGACUGGUUUCUGCUCCAGCUCUUAAAUGCACGUUAGUCUGAAGGACAUCAGUUUAUAUGUCACUGAUUUAAUGCUGACUUUUAUUAAGGAUUUAAAACGAUUUAACAAACAGUUUAAACGGACAAGAAUCAAAGGAUUUCUGUCUCUAAGCCUCCUUUAUAAAGAUCUUUAACAUUUCAUUCUGAAAGUUUACCACAAAAUCAACACCACAACAACACUACAGUAGAACAACACAAUACAACACAAUGCUACAUUUUAACACAACACCACAACAACACUACAGUAGAGCAACACAAUACAACACAACAUCAGAACAGCACAACAGGAAGACAACGCCAUAAGACUGCAUCAACACCACAAUAGCACAACACUAAAACACCACACCAAAACUCUACACAACACUAAAACACCACACCAAAACUCUACACUACACUAUAACACCACACUACACAAUACCAAGCUACACUACACUACAAUAUCACACAACUCUACACUACAACACAACACCAAAACUCUAUACUACACUACAACACAACACAAUGCUACAUAACAACACUACAUUAGAACAACACAAUACAACACAACAUCAGAACAGCACAACAGGACGACAACACCAUAAGACUGCAUCAACACCACAAUAGCACAACACUACAACUAUACAACAGCACAAUAUUACAACACCAUAAGAAUAUAUUUCAACAAAAUCUUUACAAUAAAACAAUAUUACAGCACAACAACAUCACAACACUACAACAAUGAGAACACAGCAGUACAAUAAUCCUCAACUCUCAAAACCACAACAAAACGACACUAAAGCUCUCAUACGGAAACUAUUCAGUGUUCACACACACACACACACACACACUCUCUCUCACACACAUGCGCACAGCGUGUUGAUACCCAGUGAGCGACUACUCAGGCAGUGUGUGGAGUCAGCAGAUGGUAGUCAGACUCUCCUGAGGUGUCUCACUUUCACUCCUGUUUCUCCUCACAGAGGAAGCUGUGAAAGUGGAGAUGUUUCUCUGAACAAUGUGAAAUGAUCCUCACUGUCAUGAUCAGAUUAGCAUUGGCACGCACACUGGAGUCACAGACGUAGCACAACGUUCAGCCUCCAUUCACAGAAUAUAGCACAAAUGUGAUCAAAUGAACAGACGUUCACCAGUAAGGGGGUGGAGUUAGCAUUAGCACUACAGGCUAGCAAAACAUUCCGGAUUUAGUGACAAUUGUUAUCACACAUUUAUGGAAUUUACCUCACAUUUUAAUGGAGACUUCAUGAGCUUUCUGGAAAAUUUAACAACAUAAAUUGUUAUAAAUUGUUGAAUAAAUUAGCAUCAAUCUACCAGCAACAGAAAGAAUUCAGCACAAAUUCAGCAGCAAUUUACUUUAAUAAACAAAUCAAUAAGUGGACUGGUGGAGUCUCACUUCAUUCACACUGCACUUCUCUUCCGUCUCUAACACAGCGUAUAACGAAGCCAACACCUCGCCUGCUGUCCGCAUCGCCAAACUCAUCUGCUGCUUUUAUUUAUUUAUUAUUUUCUAUACAUUUGAUCCAGUGUACAAAUAUUACUUUUAUUUUAUAAAAAAGAUGUUUUUACGAUUUUGUGUUGAAACGUAUACAAAUGUUGUUUUCCUUUAUUUAUGUUGAUUAUCAUUGCUAUGAAUUUGCACCACAGAAUUGUGUACUUCAGCAUGCUAACUAGCUCUGUCAACUCAGGCCAUUGUUUCCUUCUGGUUGUCUCAAAGUCAUAUUAGCCUGAUUAGCUAACAUUAGCUAAUCAGUUUUCCCAUCUAUGAGGAGAGUAAUUUACUUCAAGCUAACUAAGCUAACUGUUAUUUGGUGCAGCUCUGUAGCUAGCGAGCUACCUCGCAGGUCACUUUAACAGACUCUGUUUUACAGCGAGUCAUUUGUGAAUGUUUGAGGUUUUAAAGUCCAUUAUUUUAGCUUUAUGGGUUAUUUUUCCUCCAAAACAAAGAUUUAUCAAUUUGUUAGAAAUAUUAUGUUUGACUUAUUUUAGCUAGCUAGCUAAUUUAGCACUAAUUUGUUACCCCCUUACUGAUUAAAAUAGCUAGCAAAGCUACGUUAGCAAAUUAUUUCUGUUCUAAAGCUUGUUUAUAGCUAGCAAUAAAACAGAGGCUGUUUUUUUUUCCAACUAUAAGAAAUAUAAAUGUUUACCAGAGCGUUGUGGGAAUAAACUCACCAAUGUAACCAUGGCAACAGCUAGCAAGGUGCAGUAAAGGCUUCAAUUAGGGCUUGACAGGUUCAGAAGGCACAAAGGAACUCGGUACUGAGACAAAACCUUUUUUUGGUUGUUUUUUACAGACUGAAACUCUUCGGAUCUGUUUUGUUCCUGUUUCCUUUUCUCUCUCAUUUGUGAAUUUAGUGCCAAUAUUCUCACAAGCACAAGUGUGUCUCCAUGUUGGAGAUCCGGGGAUCAUAUUUUAAAGAGAAACACGACUGAGUUGGGAAGAAAAAAGAAUAUUUAAAAAAAAUAUAUUGUGAAAAGAUAUUUAUAGGCCACUGGUGCUACAGUUGAGAUA